CAUGCAUUCCUAAUCGAUAUACUUUAGAUCUUCCUAUAAAAUUUAGAUAUUUAUUUGAAAAAUUUUAUAGUGAUCAAAAAAGAUGGCAAUACGAUGAUUUUGGACAAAUAAAUAAUGAUGAUAGAGAACUGACCUUCUAUAUUUUCAUGCGGGAUAUUUGCAAGCAUAUAUUUUCUUUGUGGGAUGAAGAUAUUAAAGAAAGUCAUUGUUUAGAAGGCACAUGGAAUCGAUUGGUUUUGGAUUCUAUACUAAAUAGCAUUACGCAUAAAUUGGGUGAAAACUGUUUUCGUGAAUCAAGUUCGCUUGCCUCUGCAUUUAGAAAAGUAUCUUAUGCAAGAAAACCAGAUUUUUGGUUUCUUAUAGAAGUUGCUGGGACUAUCCAGGAAAUUUUAUUUGAAGAAACUUCCGGUGGUCCCUUUGUAAUUGAUACUGAUAAAUUUCAUACUGAUCGAUACAAACUUUUCCGAUUUGGACAUGACUCUAAAAUAAUGAUGGAAACAAAGCUUAUUUCAGAAAAUGCUAAAUAUUUAUCAGUAGUCAAUUAUAAUAAAUUUCAAAGAUGGUUAUGCAACAUAAAUUUAUUUCUUAUUCAAGCAUACAGUACAAAGCUUAGAGUUUUCAUUAUGGAUCAGCAAGGACACCCAUUAUGCAGAGUUCGUGAGCUUAUAGAUGACGAGACUGGAGCUAGAAGAAUCG